AUGGUUGACACACCUCUCGUUUGUGACUUUGGCUCAGGUGUCAGCAAGGUGGGCUUUGCAGGAAUGGAAGCCCCCCUGGUGGUGUUCCCAACUGUUCUCGGGAAACUACGGCAUGAUAACGUGCUGGUCGGGAUGGAAGAGAAGGACUGGUUCAUCGGGGCUGAAACUCAGACUAACCCAGGGAAGCUCGUCCUGCAAAGGCCCAUCUCCCGGGCGACCGUCACCAACUGGGACCACAUGGAGAAGGUCUGGCAUCACGCCUUCUACCAGAUGCUCCGCGUUGCCCCGGAACACCACCCUCUGCUGCUGACAGAACCACCUUUAACUCCAAGCGCCCACAGAGAGAGAGUCUCGGAGAUCAUGUUUGAGACCUUCAAUGUACCUGCGCUGUAUUUGGCCAACCAGGGAGUCCUCUCUCUGUAUGCUUCUGGCAGAACCACUGGGACAACCAUCGAAUCUGGGGAGGGGAUGACCUACUUCGUGCCCAUCACUGACGGCUGCCCUUUGCAUCAGUCAACCAUGCAGUUGGAUGUCGCCGGCCAGGACCUAACCCUGCACUUUCUGCAGCUGCUGACCAACAGCGGACAUCAGUUUGUGAGCUCAGCCGACCAGGAGUGUGCGCGAGACGUCAAGGAGAAGUCGUGCUACGUGGCGCUGGACUUUGAAAAAGAGCUGGCGAAAGCAGAGUCGCCUGCCUUCAAGCGGACGUACCAGCUGCCCGACGGCCAGGAGCUGGACAUCGGGAAGGAGAGGUUUGUGUGCCCCGAGGCGCUCUUCAACACCGGCCUCAUCGGGCGGACCAGCCAGGGCGUCCACAUGGUGGCUUCCCGGAGCAUCUUCUCCUGCGACCCCGCCCUCAGGAAGAGCCUCUUCGGCAACAUCUUGUUGUCGGGCGGGACCGGCUGCUGCUCAGGCUUGAGGUCCCGGCUGCAGAGAGAAGUAGCUGCCGUGGUUUCCCCGACCAUAGUUGUCAAGCUGUACGUGCUCAGAUACGAAACAGAGAAGCAGGGUGAGUCGGAUGGGUUGGAGAUUCCAGUCCCGGUCAUGGCAGCCGUGGCCCCCUUCCUCUUGCCGAGCUGCCGGCAGUGCGGGCUGACACACGAACUGAACCACCACAUCGUGGGGCCUGUGGGCCUGUUGGUGCUGCGGGGAGUCAGCGCCAACGCCUGGCGGCCCCUCGUGGAGCGGAAUGAAACGCCCGGUCCUGCGUCAUCCCCACGUCUGUCUGAGUCUGGACGCUCCGCUGACGCCCUUCAGCAUCGCAGGACACGCAGGGUCCACGGACAGACGGGUGGGGCUGUGGGCCGGGAAUGGAGCGUGUGCGUCCCACCUGGAAGCUGUUGGGUCGGGGGCUCCAUCCUCUGCUCGCUCUCUACUUUCAAGGACAUGUGGGUCACCAAGGACGAGUAUGGACACAUUGGCUCCUCCAUCGUCAGCAGAAAAAGCUUCUGA